UCUAGACCACUAGGCCACCUAGACUGAACUAAAAUUCAGUUUUCAGUGGCCUAGUGUUACCUUUCCUCGUCAGUAGAAUCUAGAGUUGUAACACAGUACAUUGUACAUGAUAUAUUAGGCAUGAGGAUGGAAUUGAUUGCAGAUUAGCUGCAUAAAUGUUUGAUGAUGUCAAACAAGCUUGUGACAAGCUUGUAUCACACACUAGGAGCUCAUUCAUCAGAUGUAAACUGUGUGGCAUUCUCUAAUGGAGAUUUACUAGCCACAGCUUCAGCAGAUAAAACUGCACGAUUAUGGAAUACAGAUGAUUUUUCAGAACACAAACAUUCACCCUUGUGUGGACAUCAGUAUUAUGUGCAUUGCUGCACAUUUUCUCCCUUUGGAACCACCCUUGCUACAUGUUCAACUGAUGGCAAAUUGAUUUUAUGGGAUGUAAAGACUGGUAAAAAGAGUGCUGUGUUACAUCAUGAGAGUCAGAAUAGUAUACGAGUCUGUCGGUUUUCUCCAAACUCAAUGUACAUUUUAACUGGAUCAGAUGAUGAAUUAUUAUGUAUGUGGGAAGUGUCAAGUAAAAAAUUAAUCAGAACCUUUGCUGGACAUGAAGCGUCAGUUGUAGGAUGUGAUUUUUCACCAGACAGUAACUUCAUAGUAUCGGGCAGCUGCAAUGGUGACCUCCAGGUCUGGGAUGCUAAAUUUGGUCAUGGGAAAUGUCUGAAGUAUAUAGAUGAAGGUCAUGACCUUGGAGUCAGCUGCUGCCAAUUUUCUCCUACUUAUGGAUCUGCAAAAUCAGUUUCAUCAGACAAUGGAACAGUUACAUUUAUGUUUGCCAGUGGAGGGCAAGAUGAUCUGAUCAAAAUUUGGAAUUUCCAGGCUGUUUUGGGUUCUGCAGCUGUUUCAGUUGACCUCAGAUUGACCUUAAAAGGUCAUUCAGGACCAGUAACUUGUUGCUCUUAUUCACACGAUGGAAGUCUUUUAGCAUCAGGCUCAAUAGACAAGACUGUGAGACUAUGGGAUGCUAUACAUGGGAACUCAUUACAUGUAAUAGAAGGACAUGUUAGAUAUGUGACAAGUUGUUCUUUUUCCUAUGAUGGACUGUAUCUGGCAUCAGGUUCGAAUGACAGAACAGCUGUAAUAUGGAAAAUUACCAAUGAAGAUGAAUUAUUCAAAAAUAUAGAAAGAAAUCAGUCACAAUGUGAUACUGAGGAGGUCAAACCAGUUAAUAAAUGGUCAGUGGAGGAAGUAUGUAAAUGGUUGGAAGAGAUUGGACUAGAGCAAUAUAAAUCUUCAUUUGAACAGAAUGCUAUUGAUGGUACAGAGUUAGAAGUUAUAACAGAUAGUAUGUUACAACAGAUUGGUAUAGAUGCAAUGGGGCAUAGAAAUAAAAUUUUACGGGCCAGGAAAAUUUUGCAACAAGGUGGAUCAGUGAAAUUGGUAAAAGAUGCUAAUCUGUUGGAUGUUGGUGUACCUGAUGAGUUUUUGUGUCCCAUUACUAGGGAGGUUAUGAAAGACCCUGUUAUAGCUGAAGAUGGUUAUACAUAUGAAAGAUCUGCUGUUGCUGGAUGGAUGGAGAAAGGAAAAACUACUAGUCCAAUGACAAAUGGAACUCUUAAUACAAAACAACUUACACCAAAUAGAAGUCUUAAAAUGUUAAUACAACGAUAUCUGCAGGGUCAGUGACUCUGUGCUUCUAGUUCAUAACCAUGAUUUUAUAUUCAGUCAAGAAGGAUUUAGUCCUGUAAUUUCAUUGGAGGAAUAAGUCUGUGCAUUUCCUUGACAUAAUGUCACAUGAAUAGAACCACUAGAAAAACCGUAGGACUGCAUCAUAAUAUUUUGCUGUUUUGAGAGUCUGCAAUCUGAAGCUGAUUUGAUAUAUCUUGUACUGUUUUAAUAUUUAAAUGAAAUUUGUCCUGCUCAAUGAUGUGCAGUGUAGUUGUAUACCAUGUUAUUAUAUUUCCUUCUUCCUCAUUUUAUCAUUCUUAUGGAGUGUUUUUAAUUUCUAUGCUACUGCAAUAUGUAAAUCAUAGUGGAAGAUUCCCUUCUUAUGGAAAAGAAGACUUGCAAAAACUUUUUUCCGAAAAGAUUUAAACAAGCAGAAAAAUUUGUUGCAGUGUGCAAAGUACAACUUUUUUUUUCGAUUUUAUGGAAUUGUAAAGACCAAUAUGUUUAUGAUUUUUCUUUGCCCUCCAAAAGAUUUAUUUAAUUUUCUUACUGGAAAUUGGGGAUACAUUCAUAUUUUUGCCCCUAACUCUUUGUCAUCCUUGGACUGCCUCUUGGUUUAAUGACACAUUAGUUGUAAUUUUAAGAGUAUGUAUGUGCUGGACUCCAGCUCAUUUCCAGUUGGUCAUCCGAGUUCAAGCAUUUAAUGGUUUGGUUAUGUCCAAAUUCUGAAUUACGGGUUCACCUGAAAAUUUCCCAGAAAAAAUUAACUAUAUAUUUAAAUGACCACAAGUUGAUACUGAUAAGAAUUUGCAAGGAUUUCCAAUUUAAUUAAUUGAUUUUAUAACUCAAAAUAAUAUAUCAGAGGGUUUGAAAUGACAAAAUUAAUUUGGAUAUAAUUCGGUUUUUUUCACAAAACUUAAUACUUGUGACCACACAUUGCUGCAAUGAAUUUUUCUUUGUUACUGUGGAUUCAUAAUUAUUUGUUGAAUACCAAUUCGUGGAUUUUGUGGGUACAGUGAGACCAUGAAUUUAAACGUUCAACGAAUUACAAAUUUUCUAUAAGAAUAUAUGCAGACUUUAUAAAAACCACGAAAUUAAAUAUCCACGAAAAUGCAAGUUUUCCUCAAUCCACGAAAAUUGGUACCAAUGAAAAUAAAUGAAUCCACAGUACAUUAAUAGAUUACUUUUCCUGACAUCAUCUUUAUGUCUUCCAUCAUGAAGGUUAGGAGACAUGCUUGUUUCUGAUCAGCUCCACAUAUAUUAUAUCACAGAAGCAUGUCAAAUAAAACUUUACUAAGGAUUAUAAAGGAAUUAAAUUAUUAUUAUUAUUAUUUCAAGGCAUUUUUAAAGCGCAUUAUAUAACACUACAAUUACUCUAAGCACUUUACAUGUUAAACAAAAAAUAUAUACACAAAUUCGUACAUACACCAAAUUACAAAGUAAAAAAAUAUGUUUAAAAGCAUACAAAAUUCAAAUCAAAUAUAAAAAAUUAAGACUCUUAAAACCUCACCAAAUUGGUUAAAAAUAUGGAUUAAAAGAAUUAUCAAUGAAUUAGUAAAAAUCUCAAAAAUUAUUGUCUAAACUAAAUAAUAUAAAUGGACUUAGAAUUUGAAUAGUCAUAGACACUAUUUGACAAAAUUUCGUAUGUAAAGUGAAUGUGUGCACUUCCAUAUUUUUUGUUUUAAUGAGAUUGAUUUCACUUCACAUAAGUUAAACUUGACAGAAUGCAUUUUUUUGACUGAUAACCGUUAGAACGUAUUUUGUAUAAAUACACGGAUAUUAUCAAGUGCAAAAUAACAAUCUUUAUCGCUUGUUAUAAAUUCAUUUCUUCAAUGAAUACUUAUGAAAAUAUUUUUUAAGGACAUAAAUAAAUAAUAUGAAAUUGUUUUGUCAUGAGAAAAGUGAAAAAUAUCAUUAAUAUAUAUGCACACGUACCGAAAAAUUGUGUUUGCGGAUGAAUAUCUCUUAUUGCUUGUUAUAUAUUAAUUCCAUCAAUACAUAUUCUUUAGUGGGAGAAAUAUGAAUGCCUACUCAAAUCAAACCUAUUAGAAAAACGAAUUAUUACAGAAGAGUGUCCACCAUGCACUUGCACUGCACUAUCAUUAGAAUAGUAGAAUAGAAUGAUGGUAUAAAUGGAUGAAAAUUUGGCGGUAGAGUUAUUUAGAUGAUCUGCUAUAUAUAUAACUGUUGUACAAAUAUUAAUAUUAUAUAUAACAACAAACCAGAUUAUACUGAUAACAAAUUAUUGUCCCAUGAUUAUAUCACUACAAUAUAAUAAUUAUUACGGUGAGGUUGAAUUCUCUGUCACUUAUUCAUCAUCCACAUAGGAGCUUGUCUUAGAAAAAAAAAAUAAAAUCUAUGUACCUUAACCUAACUUUCAGGUAUAGAGAUAUUUUAUUUUUUCUGAGACAAGUGCCUGUGACUAUCCACCACAACUUGUGGUCAUCCGAUGUUCAGUACUUCAGUACUUUGAUUUAUUUUACCAUAUAAUAAUUGUCGAAGUGUACAAAUAAAACUUAAAACUUGAAAAACUUGAUUAACAAGUUUGAUUAAAUUCAUGUUAAAAAAUUAAUGUAAGAAAGAAAAUGUCUAUAGAAGUGAUUUUUUUCUUAUAUUGUAACUGUCAUAAUCAGUAUAAAAUAUAUUUGUGUUAAGUUUGGUCUACUGUUCUCUUAAAUGCAUAAUCAAAUAUAAUGAGUCAUGUAAUUGUAUGUAUAUUUUCUAAGCAUGGGGUUCUCCCCUUUAGUUAACAACUGUCCUAAAGCGCUUUCAUAAAUAAAAUAUUUGGUACUUCAUUAUACAAUUAUUGACUUUUGAUGAGGUGAUACAAUAAUUUAUCAACUGCGGAGAUAUGAUAUUCACCGAGGCCAACAAUUGUUUUACAUGUAUUAUAUUUCUUUUUUAUUCAUCUCCAAUUUCUAGUAUUUACUCAAGAUAUUAACUGCUCCUCUUAUACUUAAUAUAUUUUCUGCUUUGGCAGUUGCUAAACUUUUAAAUUCUUGUUGAAAUAUUCAAUAAUACUUAUUAAAACAAAAAUUAAAUCAAAAUAAAGAAGAAGAAAAAUGAGAAUUUGUAUGACGUAAUAAGCCUUUGUUAUUUGAUGUUGCCCAAGAAAAACUAUUUAUAGGUACAUGUUGGCUGUUCCAAAUCUUAUAUUAACCUCUAAUGACUUUUCUGCAGCGGUGAAUAUAACGUUUUAUCAUAAAGGAUUUUCUAUGUUUUUAGCCAUGAGAAAAGAGAAUUUUUAUAGUCAUAUGAUAAAUAAAAAUAGGUUGUGUUUCAAUGGACCAUUAAUAAUUUUCUUAUGUCAGAGUAAAUAAAGCGCUUUUAUGAUAAAGCAAAAUUUCAGUGCUUUUAGUUGUGAUCAUUUUAGAAUGUAAUCCUUAAGGUUAUGGUUUAUACCAAUAAGUAUUUAAUAUACUCCUUUACAUGAAGUUUUCAUUAUUAUUUCAAAAGCUCCAUUUGAUAUGUACUUGACAAACCCCACCUCACUAAAAGUCUGAAAAUAAAGCAAAAUCCCCCAAAAAGACAAAUUUCAAACUUGAUAUGUCUACGUAGAAUUUAAGAUUUUCUUCACCUUAAUGUUCUAAAUUAUUUUGUAUAGUUCCUUGAAAAAUAGUGUGAUAUUUGUUUAUUUCCUAUAGAAAAUUUUUAUGACUGUGAUUUCCAUUGUUGAAUCUUUAUAAGUAUUCAUGAAUAAUUUACAGUUGUAAAUAUAUGGAUAGAUAUGUUGUAAUGUUUUUAUAUUAAUUGUUGAAUGUUUAUGGAAAAUUAAAAGAUUAAACAUA